AUAGUGCAAUCUAACAAUGGCUUCAUCACUGUCCUUGGACAUUGAGUGUCCAGUGUGUUUAUUUGACUUUGUCGAUCCGGUGAGUCUUCCUUGUCAACACUCCUACUGCCGUCAAUGCAUCACCGGUCACGCCAACGCCAGCCUCGGGCCCAACCAGUGUCCAGAGUGUAGUCAACCCUUCUCCAUAGAUGACAUCAAGCCAAAUCAGGACCCUGGGAACAUCACAGAAUCUAUCAGGAUACUCGAUGUCAGCUCAGCCGGACAAGUUAAGGCCUUGCACUCCCCAGAACCUCCACAAGGCGAUCUACUGUGUGAGGACCAUGAUGAGAAGAUGAAGUUGUUCUGUGAAACAGACCAGAAGCUAAUCUGCCUCAUCUGUAAGGAACAGGACAAACAUCUGGGACAUACAGUCAAACCAGUUAAGGAGGCAUCACAGAAAAGCAAGGGUGAGGUGAAAGGAGUUCUCUGGUUUGUGUGUAAAGAGAAUAAAGCUCUUGAGGACCUCAUCAACCAGCAGCUCAGUGAGAUAUCCAAAUGUGAGGAAAGAGUGAAUGGGAUUAAGGCUCAGAUUUCUGCCCAGUUUGAGAUGCUGCAUGAAUUUCUGAGGAAGAGAGAGGAGAAUAUGAAGAAUGAGCUGGAGGAGAAGAGGAUGACAUCUGUAACAGACAUGCAGCACAAGCUGACAGACAUCCAGACAAAAGCAGCUGAUUGCAGCAAGAAGGAGGUGGUGUUGCUGAGCGCCUUACAGAUCCCCAGACCCGACCACUUCCUGCAGUGGUUUCAGGAAGUAGGAUUGGCUGUGACAGAGGAAAUGGUGGAAGGGGUUCAAGAUGGAGAGCCAAAGUUGAGGUCAAAGGUCAAGAACCUGGUGGUGACUCCUGACUCCGUAUCUAUGGGCCCCUAUGAGACCCACAUGACCUACUGUGUGUGGAGGGAGAUGCUGCAGACCAUUAAACCAGGCCCAGAACAUGUGGUCAUUAAAGACCCAGGAAACUCCUACAUCAAGGUGUCCCCUGAGGGUCACAGUAUCCGUCAGAAAGACAGGUCUGGUAACAUGUACAAAACCUACAACCCCAGUUCCAGCACCAUCGAGACCUUCCAGACUGGCAGACACUACUGCGAGCUGGAGGUUGGAAGCAAGACAGACUGGAGCAUCGGAGUAAAGGCAGAGUCGACAAAAGGUUCUCCACUUCAUCUGCCAGAGAAGGAAAUACAGCUCCACCUUAAGAAGGGCGACUUUGUCUUCUCCCAUGAUGGUGUGGAGUCUCCUGUCUCAGACCUCGACACUGACAAGCCUCCCAGGAGGAUUGGCCUGUACCUGGACUGUGAUGGUCAACAGGUGUCCUUCUAUGACGCGGACACCAUGACUCUGAUUGCCUCGUCCUUCUGUAGUUUCCGCCAGCCAUGUUGCAUCUCUGUGUGUCCAGGUCUCUACAUGGAGGGCAAGAACAGCGACCCCAUCACAUUCUACUGGCACUGAUGCUUUAGAUCAGGGGUGGGGAACCUGUGUC